AUGAAGCUGCUUGCUCUUUCCCUGGCCUCGUUGGCCUCCGCUGCCACCAUCACUCGCCGUGCCGACUUCUGCGGCCAAUGGGACACUGCCACGGCGGGUAACUUCAUCGUAUACAACAAUCUCUGGGGUCAGGACAAUGCCGAUAGUGGCUCGCAAUGCACUGGUGUGGACUCCGCCAAUGGCAACAGUGUCUCAUGGCAUACGACCUGGAGCUGGUCUGGUGGCUCCUCCAGUGUUAAAAGCUACGCGAAUGCUGCGUAUCAGUUCACGGCGACCCAGUUGAGCAGUCUGAGCUCGAUCCCGUCUACCUGGGAAUGGCAGUACUCUACGACCGAUGUCGUUGCCAACGUUGCCUACGAUCUCUUCACGAGCUCCAGCAUUGGCGGAGACUCUGAGUACGAGAUCAUGAUCUGGCUGGCCGCUCUGGGCGGUGCGGGCCCUAUCUCCUCGACCGGCUCUUCCAUCGCAACGGUAACCCUUGGCGGAGUCACCUGGAACCUGUAUUCCGGCCCCAACGGAAGCAUGCAGGUGUACAGCUUCGUCGCAUCAUCCACCACUGAGAGCUUCUCGGCCGAUCUGAUGGACUUUAUCAAUUACCUCGUGGAGAACCAAGGCCUGUCGAACAGCCAGUACCUGACUCACGUGCAGGCCGGUACCGAGCCAUUCACUGGCUCCGACGCCACCUUGACUGUUUCCUCUUACUCAGUCUCUGUCUCAUAA